CUUCGUCGGCCGCGAACCGCCACCCCGGGGACUUGCGGCCGAGCCACCGCCGUGACUUGGACGCGCAGCGAGCCCCUGUCGUGCCCUCCUAGACUCGCCCCUCAGCGAGUCGUCGGGGCGCCGCUGUCCUCCGCCCACCCGCAGAAACGGCGUCGUGCGAGCAACGCCCGUGGGAGCCGAGCGCCGGCGAGUUACGGCGGCACCCCACGUUAUCCUCACAACAGCCCUGGGUUCUGAGAUUGACUGGUUGGAACUCAAGAGGAGGUGACUGGCCCCGCAUCCACCCCAGCCUGGCGCUUGACCCAGCAUGUCUCGAGCCACCAAGAGGAAGCACGUGGUGAAGGAGGUGCUGGGGGACCACAUAGUGCCCUCUGCCCACCAGAAGAUUGUGAGGGUACUACGCACACCAGGGAACAACCUGCAUGAGGUGGAGACGGAGCAGGGCCAGCGCUUCCUGGUGAGCAUGCCCUCAAAGUACCGCAAGAACAUCUGGAUCAAGAGAGGAGACUUCCUCAUCGUGGACCCCAUUGAAGAGGGGGAGAAGGUGAAAGCCGAGAUCUCCUUUGUGCUCUGCAAGGCCCAUGUGCGCUCAAUGCAGAAGGAUGGAGUCUGGCCUGCGGCUUUCUCGGAUGUGGUGGAGAAACAAAGCAACAACAGGCAGACUCAGCCGGAACUCCCAGCUGAGCCUCCGACUUCGGGAGAUGAGUCCAGCUCUGCAGAUGACUCGGACCUCUUCAUCAACACCAACCGCAGGCAGGAGGAGGAGAGUGACGAGGACAGUGAGGAGGAGGAGGAGGAGAUGGCCUGAGGGCCCCUGUCCACCCUAUGCCUGGACAUUCCCAGGGCUCUGUGUGUCUGACCCCUGGACGGGGUUAGCGCAGCGCUCCUCUGAAAUGACCUUCCGACCCAGGAGGAUUAAACCCCUGGCAGGUGUGA